AUGUCAACUAUUCAUGGUUUUUCAGAUUUAAAAAAAGAAGAUAAACCAAAAGGACAAGGCUUCUUCAAUGGAGGAGAAAAAGGUGGAGUUGAGUUUUAUGCAAAUGACGAUGCAAAUGAAGCUUAUAGAACUGCAGAAAAAACCGCAAGCACAAAUAAUGGCAAUUCAAGUCAUGACCCAAGAAAAAAAGAUUUAAUUUUAAAUGUUGUAAUGUACAAAAAUGGAUUUAUUGUUAAUGAUGGACCAUUGCGAAAUUAUGAAGAUCCAAACAAUAAACAAUUCAUAGAUGAUGUUACAAAUGGUUUUAUUCCACAAGAAUACAUUCAACAAGCACAGCACAAUAAUAUCGCUAUUAAUUUAACUAAUUCAACACAAACUAUAUUCUCUGGUCACACCUCUACAGCCACAACCCAUUCAAUUAGUUUUACUGGCACUGGAAACAGUAUUGGAAAGUCAAAUGCUACUAAUUUCAAAGUUACUGGAUCUAUCCCAACUUUAGACAUAUCAAAACCAACUACAAAUAUUAAAGUUAGAUUUAUUGAUGGAAAACAAAAAGUUUUCAAAGUUAAUCAAGAUUGGACUGUUUCCCAAAUUUAUGCAUUGAUAAAGAAAGAAACCAACAUCAAUGAAUUUAGACUCGUAGCUAUUCCAAACAGAAAUAUAGAAAUGAAUGAGAUGACUGUUAUGGAAGCAAAAAUUGCUAACUCUAGUUUGAUUCAACAAAAGUAA